UUUUUAUAUAUAACAACACCAACACGCCGCCAUGAUUGGAAUUUAGAAAUAAUUUCAACAUGGCGCCCGGUUGUUCAGAGUGUGUGUGUGUGAAAGUGCAGUGAAAUUAUGUUAUUAUCUAGAAUUUUUAGUGAUUAUUUUAGUGUUUAAGUGAAAAGUGUGUGCAUUAAUGCAGUGGUUUUCUUAUCAUGGCUUUGGAUUUACGCCUGCAUUCUCCUGCAGGCGCGGAACCUGUUGUUUAUACAUGGCCCCUCACUUCAGGUCAUGGCUCGGACAAACACGAUGGGGCCUUGGAGAUAGUAGAAACUAUAAGAUGGGUGUGCGACGAUUUGCCGGAGAUGAAAGCGGCUCUGGAAAACAACAUCUUGUGCGAUUACGACACCCACUCGUACGACAGCAUGAGAGCCCUGUGCGACCGUUUCAACCGCGCCAUAGACUCCGUCGUCGCUCUGGAAAAAGGCACAUCGUUACCAGCUCAAAGGUUGAACAAGUAUCCAUCAAGGGGUUUGCUGAAACACAUAUUGCAGCAAACAUACAACCAAGCAGUGUCUGACCCGGAUAAACUCAACCAAUAUGAACCCUUCUCACCUGAGGUAUACGGCGAAACAUCGUACGAGCUGGUGUGUCAGAUGAUAGAUCAAAUAGAUAUAACAUCCGACGAUGUGUUCGUGGACUUGGGCUCGGGCGUGGGACAGGUGGUCCUACAAAUGGCGGCCGCAACACCUUGCCGCGUCUGUCUUGGAGUCGAAAAGGCGGAAGUUCCUAGCAAAUACGCUGAGAGUAUGGAUGGUCACUUUAGAAUGUGGAUGAGGUGGUACGGGAAAAAAUUUGGAGAAUACAAAUUAAUAAAGGGUGAUUUUCUUCUGGAUGAACACAGAGAAAAAAUAAAUUCAGCGACGAUUGUUUUCGUGAACAACUUCGCUUUCGGCCCGCAUGUAGAUCAUCAGUUAAAAGAAAGAUUUGCCGAUUUGAAAGACGGUGCUAAAAUCGUAUCUUCGAAGAGUUUUUGUCCUCUAAACUUCCGGAUAACUGACAGAAAUUUAAGUGACAUCGGGACCAUCAUGCAUGUGAGCGAAAUGUCUCCACUGAAAGGAUCAGUCUCGUGGACGGGGAAGCCAGUCUCUUACUAUUUACACAUUAUAGAUAGGACCAAAUUGGAGAGAUAUUUUCAAAGACUGAAAAAUCCGAAACUCAAGGUCAGCAAAAGGGGAACGCACAACGGUUGCGACGAGGGCGAGGCUAGCGGCAAGCGACACCUGAGCGCGCCGCCCACGCGCCAGCCCACGCCCGACCUGCUCAACGGGAACAGCAACCACAGCACCGCCUCGCUGCCUGAGCGACGCCGCAAGGUCGCGCGCCCGCGCCCCGCCAGGGGCGAGAACGGGAGGACUCGAGCGAGAGCUACGGUGGCCAAGCGGCGCGUGGUGCGGCGUUCCAGUGACGACAGCGACGAGGAGUCCAGUGGCACCGAUGACGCGCCGCCCGGCCCCGAGCCCGCACCUCGCGAGUGGGGAGCGCCAUGGGCUUCUUCGUCCGACUCCAAUCGCAGCCGACGGCCUGCCAGCAAGCGCAGCGCCAGCGCGGGCGGCGCGCGACGCCGGGCAGCGCGCGCCAAGCGUCGCCGCGCCGCGCCCGCCGCCAUCGCCGGCCUCGACCUGCUGCACUCCACCACGCUGGCCUCCACCCUACAUAACGGCGCCGUGACGGCGCCCCCGCCGGGCUGCGUGGAGCAGCGACUGUCUGCGCUGGGCGUGUCGCUGCAGCCGGCGUCGCGGCUGCACUCGGAGCUGGACAUCCCGCGCGCGCCGGCCGCGCCCUACAGCCUGCAGCUGCUGCUGGACAUGUUCCGCGACCAGUACCUCGCCUUCAUCGCGCGCAUGAACACGCCCGAGUACGCGCACGAGAUACGCCAACAGAUCGAUAAGGAAAAGGAGAGGAACCAGAAACUGAAGUCGCGUGCGUCUCAGUUAGAUAAACAGAUCAACGUGCUCAUAAGCGACAGUGUUGCUCUGUUAAAGGCGCGCAUGAGUGAGCUGGGCAUACACGCCAAUAACACUGUGGAUCUCUUGGCCAAAGCCAAGGAAAUUGUCGGGAGGCACAAAGAGCUGCAGAGCAAAGCUAGCAAAUUACAAGCACAGGUGAAUAAUAUAGAAAAUGACCAGGCCGCGCUUAUUAAACAAAGGACAUUUGAGAUAACGGAAAAGUAUCGCCAGUUGGGUCACAUACCUCCCGACGUCGAAAUCACCCAAAGUAUAGCACAUGACUGCAUACUCAAAGAAAUAUCUGCAACACUAGCGCAUCGUAAAAGGUUACAUGCUCAAGUAGGACAUCUGCAGAAUGAAAUUAUCCAAAUGGAAAGAUCGAACGAGCAAAAAGUAGCGCCGCCAACUGUACCAGUUGCUACUGUCAAACCUCAUACAGUUAAUUCAAAACCUAGAAAAUCCAGAGAGCAUAGAUCGCGCUCUCAGGAGUGGCCAGACGUUCCAGAUGUUGGGAAAAUUGAGGAACAGAAUCCAGAAAUACUUGCUCAGAAAAUUCUAGAGACUGGGCGGCAGAUCGAAGCGGGUAAAAUAUCGAAGCCAAAUGUGGCAGUGAACGGGUAUCCAAGAGACUCAGAGAGGCAUGUUGAUCAUCAUAGACAUCCAAAGACAGGUGCACCAAUACACCGGACUCAACCUCAACGGCCGGGUCAGCCACCGCCUAACCUCGCUCACAGGCAGUCACCGGUCAAGCCACAGAAACCCCUUAAUGUCGUCGGCAAGGUCCAGGAAUCGCCAAAGGUGAUCAAUUUUGAGGACAGGCUCAAAAGUAUAAUAACGUCGGUGCUGAACGAGGACCAGGAGCAGCGAAAAGCGUCCCGGCCUUCGCAGAGCCACGCUUAUACCAACGGUUAUGUACGAGGCGGCGGCCCCCACGGCGCCCACGGCGCUCAUGGGUCGCAUAGCUCACACGGCUCGCACGGGUCACACGGGACGCACGGGUCACACGUACCCCACGGGUCCCACGGGUCUCACAGCUCGCACGGGUCCCACGGGGCGCAGUAUCGCGGCGGGACGCUGCCGCGCGCGGGCCGCGAGAUGCGGCGCGAGCGCUACCCGUACGAGCGGCUGAACGCGCUGGAGGCGGCGCCCGACUAUACGCAGGUGUCGCCGGCCAAGCUGGCGCUGCGCCGCCAUCUGUCGCAGGAGCGCCUGGCCGCGCCCGGCGCGCGCACCAUCGGCGACCUCGUCAACGGGGAGAUCGAGCGCACGCUGGAGAUCUCCAACCAGAGCAUCAUCAACGCCGCCGUCAACAUGAGCGCGCGCUACCACGAGCCCGCUGCUGCCAACCAGCCGCUCGAAGGGCUAGCUGCUUGCUUACAAGCCCGCGUGUUGGCUUCUGACUACUGGCGCGGGCGCAACGGGUCAGGCCCUGCAGGCGCCGCGCCGCCAGCGGGGGCUGCCGGUCCCGGCAGCGCGGGCGGCGGGCCGACAGCCGCGGCCGCCCCCGCUGCGGAAGACGAGGCGCGGCGCCGCACGCCGCCGCCGGACCCGCACUCCAACACGUCCACCCCGCUGGUGGACGAGCUGCCCGACGGCGCGCGCCUGCCAGAGGGCGAAGCCGGCGAAGAGGUGGACGAGAGCAAGUGGCAAGACCGGAUAGCUUUCCGGUUCGACCAGAUCAUAUCGUUCGCGUCGACGGCCAUGGAGGACAAGAGACGGCGCUCGGACGAGGCGUGCAACACGUCGCCCGACUCGGGCAUCGGGCACGGCGAGCCCGGCGCGGCGGCGGCGGCGGCGCCGGCGGCGCACUUCAAGAAGCGCUUCUUCCGGCGCGAGCGCUGGGGCGCGUGGGGCGGCGCCGCGCCGGCGCUGGACUGGGAGCGCCCGCCCAUGUGACGCCGCAAGCCCUAGCGCGUGGGGCCCGCACUAGCGCAAUUAUGUAACUAGCACUGCCGACAGGGGACGCUCGGACGCUCGUUAGAUUGUAUUCUAUGUAAAUAGGGUCGCUCCCGCCCCGCUCGACUCCCCCUCGGAUGUUGACUGUCGAUUUUUUGUUAUUUUUUUCGAAUAUAUAAUGUAAUUAUGUAUAUUAUUGAGUUUAUUUUACGUUUAAGAUGUGUAAUUAUUUAAUGGUAGUUUUAUAUCACCGAUUCAGUCGGUGACGUCGAGACGUUGGCGCUGUGGCGGAUUGUAUUUCAUGUGUUCAUUUAGGUCUUAGAGUUUGAAAUACAUGAUUCGUGAAUUUGCAGCGGAUCAUUCUUGCGCCGGUCGUUUGGUGAAUGUUUGUUGUUUUAUGUGUUUUGUUUGUCGAUGUUACGGAAGCUCUUGUCUGAAUAAUGUUAAUCAUGUCUUUGGGAAAUCUUAAAUUUUAGUGUACUUACUUAUGUCGAGUUUGUAUAGAAUAGAUCAUUAUGAAUUUUCUUACGUAUCGAAUCAGAAAAAUAUCGCAUUAGGAACUCUUUAGUAAAUUAUAGUGCAAUUACUGUCAUUGUAAAACAGAUUGAGGUAGGUAUCUCAUGAUGUCACAUUCGAUGUAAUGAGGUCGUUAAUCGCCCUGUGAUACACAAAGCACCAUUAUUGUUAUCUUUUCAAUAUGAUUACAAUAACUUAACUAAUUUGUACAUUUAGGGACAGCGCUGUUUCGAAGAUGACCACAUUAGGUAGUUGGUUAGAUUGUAAAGAAUCGAUUUAUGAAGUCAUCUAAACUGUACAGUAUAUAUAACUAAAAAGCUUAAAUAACAAUAAAUCCGACAUAACUUAUGUUAAAGUUUCCGAUGAGAAACAUCAUGGUGCAGAUAAACAGUAGAUAUUGCAUAGUGUAAAUUAACACGCUAUUUUUAUACGGGAUUAUUUUAGAUAAUACUAUGCCCCAUUUCCAAGUCAAAUGUACGACAGUUGCAGUAAAAGUAUGUAUGUGUGCUUCUCCGUAUUAGCAGUAAGGGAGUAUACGUGCACAUGUUGUUCGUGGCUCUAUACAUAUUUAUAAACAAUUUCUGUAAAUUGGUACUUAAUAAAUAGAAUGCCGUUUUAGGUUUGUUCCGAGUUGUUAUAGUUUUCUGACUGUUGAUACUGCGCAAUUUUGCUUCUAUACUGCAAAAUUUAAUUCAUAACAUAAACAUUUUGUACUUUUAUACAUAAAUUCUAAAGGCUCUGUGGUAAAAGUAUUAGAAAGCCUAUUACAGGCAUUUUACCUAAUAGGUUUUAAUUUUCUUCUUUUAAAACCAUUUUUAAUACAUUAAUCAUGGAUUCUAAUACUUAUGACAAUUUAUAGAAAUCGAUAUUUGCAUGACAUACAAUAUUUGAAUAUUAAUUUAUUCAAUUAUUAUUUAUGACCAGAGCUAAACGCAAAAAGUACCUUGGGUUGUACAUACAAAUCGAUUAAAUCUUUUACGUUUACUUCGACUAAAUAUAUUCACAUAAUAAUGUACCUAGUUGUAUUUCUUUAUACACAUUGUAGCUGUAAUCAUAGGACCAAAGAGUUUCUGGCGACGUGCCUAAAUGUAUCAAUAUUGUAAAUGCCCCCAAUAAUCCAUGUUGAAUAUGUAAAUUAGUAGAAUUUUGCUGAUUUCAAUCUGUUUAUGCUUUAUCGAGUUUAUGAUGAUAACAACCGAUAACUGAUUAGUCACAUACACUGCUAUACUAUUGACCAGUCAAUUGGAAUAUUUUACAUUAUUAAGUGUAUGGUAAGAAGUUCGUUAAUGAACGAAUAAGGAGGCGGCUAGCAACAGUUCCUAUGGCACUGAGCCACGUCAGUGCCUACAAACAUACCUUGAGAGACCCUGCUUCAUUGUCCAUGUAUCUUUUCUUUGGGGCUGUAUCCUUAGUAUUCCAACACAUAUCUGCGUUCCUUUGGGGGUUUAUCUUGAAGUUACUUUAAAACAAAUUGGUCACGAAUCACGAGUAACUUAGGAAUAAACUUUUUUUCGCUCAUGACGAUUAUCCGCCUCUUAGGAAUAAGAUUUAACAAAAAUAAGCAAUUUGUUAUGUAAUGCGGUUUCUGAAGUCAUUGUUGAUAUUCGAAAAUAGUGAAUACGGUUUUAUACUUUCAGUCGGUAAAGCAAUUUACAAAAUAUUUGUGUAAGUAAUUCGAAACUGUAUAAAUGUGAUCGUGUAUUAAGCGUUUUAAGAACCGACUUGUUUCCUAAUUAACCCGGCAGCUGUAGCUAUUAUAGCAGAUUGUGAAAGACCAAAAUUAUGUUUGAUAACUUAUAAUAACGUCGAACAAGAAUGAGCUAAUGUAUCUUUACAGUAGCUCACCCUUUUAUUUAACUUAGUUCUUGAAAAUAUAAGAACAUUCUUGCAAUAUAUUGUAAAUACCUUAAUACAGGGUCUAAAUUGGAAGUUAACUGUGGACUUCAGUCACAUUUGUUAUAAUAGCUUCACUGAGAGGGCAAUGCAGCCUUAUAUUUUAAAAUUUAGUCAUACGAUUAGAAGUCAGAACGCGCAUAACGUAUUAAUAUCGGAAAGCUUAGAAAUUAUAUUCGUUUCAGAAUAAUUCAUAGGUAGCUAGAUCGUAUUUGUAACGAUUUAUCAUAAGACUUAUUAAAUAAUGUGCACUGACGUAAGCAGAUAUAAAUAAGAAUGUAUCCACAAUAAAUCAAGGCUCACUAAUUCAUUAACUCUAAAUCACAUGAAUCUAGAUUUUUGGAACAACUGGUUCCUCUGGGAUUAUCAGACAUAUUAGUUUUAUUAUUUAAUAUUACGGCUACGGCCACUAAGAGAGACGUCAAUGAAGUCGGUUCUAUUUUUUAAGUUAUUUUUGUACAGUAUGUUUACUUACUGUACACAGUGUAAUGUUUUUUAUUAGGUAAGAUUUUGAAGAAAAAAGAACACGAGAAUUGUACGAUUGUAAUAGGUAAUAAUUACAGCAGCAGUUUUAAUCACUUGAGAUCGAUGAAUAUUACAUUCUGUAAAUGCGAAAUUUCAGACAUGUUUAUAAUACAUAUACGACUCUGAAUAUCUAAAUUCUAAACCACGAUUAAAUUAUAUGAUACUUAAUGGUUAGUACGAGUGUUUAGUACCUAGUGUCGUUUCAUGUAUUUUAAACAUUGGGGUGCACUGGUUUGAUUGUGCCUGAAAACUCAUCAAUGCCGCUCCAAACCUCAAAAUUAUGUAUUUGUAUAUUGAUAAGUAAGCUUAAAAAUCUAAUCUGAUGUAGGUACCAAUAGUAAUAUAGUGUAAUGUCGGCAAUAAAACAUCUAUUUUGGUCGGAUUAACUCGAAGAGUGAUUACAUUAUUCAGUUAUGAUUAAUUUUAUUUUUUGAUGGGGAAAUAAUGAGCUAAUCUGUGUGACGUUAUAGUGUCUAAAAUAGUACAAAUGAGAAGACUUAUCGUCGUAAGCCUCGGACUAUUCAACAUGCAAAUGCUAGGUUUGAGAUGUAUCCCUGUGUACUAGUUUUAUUUUGUACUAAAAGUUAAAAAUAAACGAAUAAUUAUAAUGUGUGUUUUAUUCAUUUAUGUUUCAAGCUAACAUUAUGUAAUAAAUGUACUAAAUCUGUUU